GUUCAUCUACGUGUUGGUGGGGUUGGGCGCGCUGCUGACGCUGGUGACCAUCGUGGGCGCCGUGGCGGCAGAGAGCAACAACGCCUGCUGCCUCUCAUGCUACCAGUUCGGCCUGUGUGUGCUGCUGCUCAUUCAAGGAUCCCUCGCUGCGCUCGUCUGGCUUCAGGACGUGCCAGAGGACCUCACGGGCGAGUACGAGAGGGAGAGGGCGUUUGUGCUGCGCAACCUCGACGUCUGCCGCCUCGCGGCCGUCAGCCUGCUGCUCGUUGAGGGCACGGCGCUGCUGCUGGCCAUGAUGCUGAGGGCCGUGCACAGCAACAAUGCACUGGCAGAUGACGACGAUGACUACAUUCCCCCCCACCCGCACCCCAACUCGCGCCUGCGCCAACCGCUCCUGCGCCCGCCCCACAUGGCGCCCCUUCCCCCCUACUCCGCCGCCGUCCCCUCGUCAUCAGCUGACGCUGCUGCUGGUGGUGUGGUCUCUUGUCAGAUUAAUCGCUCAAGCAUGGAUGCGUUAGACGGGCCGGUGUUGUUCCGCGUGGCGGACGCCACCGGCGAUCUUCUUUUCACCAUCGCGCAACUCGCGUCCGUCUCUCGCGCCUUCGCUCAUGUCGCCCGGUCGGAGCUGUGGCCCCGUUACUGCCUCGCACGCGCCACGGGUUUUGCCAAAGAGAGCGAGGUGGCGGCGGUAGCGGCGGCGGUGGAGCGCCUUGUGCGCGAGGCGAGCAGCGCCGACGCCCCGCAAAAUGCGGCGAUUAGCCUGGCGCGGUGCAUGAGCGCUUGCCCUGGCGUGGCGCACGCCUGCUCCAUCGCGCUGCGAGUGAACGCGGCGCCGUUAUUCGGGCCGGGGGAGACGGGUCGCUGGAGCGUGGUGGAUGAGAGCGGCAUGCGUGCAGCGAGUGGCAGCGGUGCCUCCUCUGUCGAAGGCGGAACGGAAUGGGUCGGAGAGGCCGGCAACGGUGGCAGCGCAGCGAGUGGGGGCUGCAAUGGCGCGGCAGGUUCGCCUACAGCACGCGGUGCAAUCGUGUCUCCCACGGAUCACCCCAGAGCCGCUACGCCCACCACGCCGCUCACUGCACCCACUGCUGCCUCUCCUCCACCCGUCGAUCCUCAUAUUGAUGAAUGCUGGGCCCUCUGUUGCGACCUCGCCGCUCAAAUUUUUGUCUCAGAAUGCUUCCUUCCUGCCCCUUCCUCCUCCUCAUCGCUUGUUCCUCCCCGCGCCCCUGAUUCCACCUCGUACACAUUCCACGUCUCACCCAUUCCCCUGUCCACUCCCUUCCCACGCCCCUCGCGGGGGGGUGGAGAGGAGGGGGGAGAAAGUGAGGAAGGAGUAGGGGAAGGGGCGCAGGAACGCGCAGCAGUGUUGAUGCCCACAAGGAGGUGUGGGUGGGAGCACUCGGUUGCGGGAGAGCCUUGUUGUGUGCUGCAGGGAGCGAUUGCUGGGUUCAAGCACUCACGCUUCCACUGGCUGCUUCAAGGCCAGCCGUUUUCUCCGAAUACAUGCCCUUUCUGCCAUGAUCAGGCAUGGAACGCCACUGCUCUGUUAAAUCCAACGGCUCACAUUGCAUUGGGUUGCAGCGAGGAUGAUGUGUGCUGCUUCAUCUGCACCCAGGGUCACUUGUUUGGAGUGUACAAAUCACCUCGCACAACCUAUAGCGGGGAUGAUCCUUGGUACGAGGUUGAACACUAUCGCGAUUUUGAUGAUGAUGAUGAUGAUGGUUCGUCGGAUGGUAGCGUUGAAGUUUUGGAACAGCGAAUUGGUAUGUACGGUAUUGACGACCCUUGGUUUUAG